AUGCAACUCUUCAAUGCCUCUGCAACCCUUAACGCGUCGCGCUUGAUCUACAACCCGACACUCUGUCUCCCACACGUGACUGUAAAGUCGUUCGAUAAUCUUCCGAUUCCCUUGAGAAUCCCCGGCCAUACCACCGAGAUCAAAGGUGUAGUGUUGGAUAAGGAUAACUGUUUCGCCAAAGACCACGACGAUAAAGUGUGGCCAGCUUACGCAGAGGUGUGGAAAAAGCUCCAAGAUGCAUAUCCUAAGGAAAGGUUGCUCAUUGUUUCCAACUCCGCAGGUACUAAUGACGACGCUGAUUAUGCCCAGGCCAUUAAGCUUGAGACCGACACUGGGGUGACGGUGCUUCGCCAUCCAACAAAGAAGCCUGGAUGUCAUGAGGAGAUCAUGGCGUACUUUUCCGAGCAGGGAAUCUCCAAGCCCAGCGAAAUUGCCGUUGUGGGAGACCGUCUUUUUACGGAUAUGCUCAUGGCCAAUAUGAUGGGAGCAUGGGGGAUUUGGCUCAGCGAGGGCGUUGAGUUGUCCGAGAAGAUGUUUCCGAAAUUGGAGCGGAUGUUAUAUGACAAGAUGGUUGCGUCGAAGGACGAUCCGUUUAUCCCACCCACUCCGCAAUAG